AUGGAUACUGGACGUGUUUACUCAUUCGAAGAAUUACUGAUCAUCAGAUCAAAUGAAAGUCAAAAAGUUGAAUUUUGCGUGCCACCAAACUUUUUUUAUGAUGUGUUCAUGGAAGACUGGAAUAUAUCAGUUACAGCAUUUGCACGAGUUCUCCAUAGCAAUGAACGCUUUUACACUCAACAAAUACUCACGCUUCUGAAGCCGACAGUAUCAGUUAGAAAACUGCAAUCUUCGGAAUCUAAAACUUUAAUUGGAACCGAAGAAAUGUUUGAAAUUUCGAUCAAAAAUUCAACUACUAUGUUACUGACAGGCUGCGAAAUACGAAUUGAUGGUGCCGGGUUGACAUUCAAAGAUUCACCGAAAUCUUGUGGGCCGAUUGAAGCUAGUGCUACAUUAUUACAUAUCGCAAAAGCAGUAAGACGUACAAAUUCAAAUGAGAAUAAAAUUGUUGUCGUAUUUAAUUGCGAUCAAUUUAAAAAUGUACGAAUCGCUUUUAUAUGCAAUUAG